AACUACUCUACUAAAUUAAAUCAUACAACAGCUAAAUAACACAUGAAACUCAUUAUUAACUUUUAAAAAAUGGAAUUUUAGAAAGAUCUUGUUGAAUUCUGAAAGUGCGUUGAAUUUUCAGGAAUAUAAGCAUAAAUUUUACAGCAAAAGUUCUCAGAAAAUCCAAGAAUACAGCAGAUACAGAAUGUUUUUCCUUUCUUCAAUCAGAACCGAGUUCUGACUUUCAUACUUCAAGAAAUUCUCCUAAUUAAAUUCCAGGUAAAAGUUGCUUCUUUUAAUUUCUUGCAACUUUAAAAAUUUUGAGCUGCCAUGGAAAAUAAUAAGAACAUGAUCAUAUUGUUAUUCUUCUGUGUUAUAACUGUUAUAUUCAGUACUGUUUCUGCUUUGAGCUCUGAUGGGCAAGCUUUGGUAUCGCUUUUAAACGAAUGGGCGGUUCCGAAAUCUGUUAAACAUAGCUGGAAUACUUCCCAACUUACACCUUGUUCAUGGAUAGGUGUUGAAUGUGAUAAAAAGCAGAAUGUUAUUACUCUCAACCUGUCCAAUUAUGGCAUUUCGGGUCGUUUAGGACCUGAAAUUGGUCAAUUAGAUCAUUUACAGACACUUGAUCUUAGUUUCAACACAAUUUCUAGUUCCAUCCCUGUUGAAAUCUCCAACUGCAGCCUUCUUCAGCUGAUGGACCUAUCAGUGAACAAUUUCACAGGUGAAAUCCCAGAAAAUUUGGGGAACUUGCAGAAUCUGCAGGCCCUCAACUUUUAUGAGAAUUCAUUAGUGGGUCAGAUUCCUGAGUCCUUGUUUCAGAUCCCAAAUCUUCAAUAUGUUUUCCUCAGUAGUAACCGGCUUAGUGGGUCUAUCCCUUCUAAUGUAGGAAAUGCAACUGAACUUUUGAGUUUUUGGGUUAAUGAUAAUCAGUUGACUGGUACUAUACCGCCUUCAAUUGGACAGUGUUCAGCACUCCAAGAAGUUUAUCUUACUGACAACCUCCUGACUGGUAAGUUGCCAUCGAGGCUGAUUAAUCUCAAAAAUUUGGUUGAUUUAGAUGUAAGUUCAAACAACUUGAAAGGUACCAUUCCUUCUUUGGGUUCUGGUAGCUGCAAGAAUCUGCAGAGUUUAAUCUUGUCAGUAAACCAGUUUACUGGGGUCAUUCCACAUGGCCUGAGCAACUGUAGUAGCAUGGUAACCUUUGCCGCCAUGACAAACAAACUGACAGGGACAAUUCCAUCUUCUCUAGGGCUGCUCACUGAACUGUCGAUACUCUAUCUAGCUGAAAACGCAUUGUCCGGGAAUAUACCCUCAGAGCUUGGUAAUUGCAAGUCUUUGACAGAGUUACUUCUAAAUGAUAAUAACCUUGAGGGUGAAAUUCCAAGUGAACUUGGGAUGUUAACUAGUUUAAGCCGCCUUCAGUUGCAUAAUAAUCACCUGACGGGUGAGUUUCCACUUGGUAUAUGGAGGAUACGGAGUCUUGAGUUGAUUCUUAUAUACAAUAACAGCUUACAGGGGGAGCUGCCUGCUGAGAUUACCGAGCUUAAUAGCCUCAAGAAUCUUUCGAUAUUUGACAAUCAGUUCUCUGGGAUCAUACCUCCGGGCUUGGGGAUGAAUUCUAGCUUGGUAAUGAUUGAUGUCACAAACAAUAAGUUUACUGGGGAAAUUCCGCCCCACCUUUGUUUCAGUAAACGAUUGCAGGUGCUAGACAUGGGCAACAAUAUGCUCAGUGGAAGCAUACCUCCUGAUGUUGGAAGUUGCUCUAGUUUGACGAGGUUAAGGCUUGAACGAAACAACCUCACUGGGAUGCUUCCAGAGUUUGAAGAAGAUCAUACCCUUUCUUUCAUCGACUUGAGUGGAAAUAAGAUUCAUGGAAGAGUGCCCCUAAGCCUUGCUAACUGUCACAGUCUCACCUGGAUCAAUUUCACCAUGAACAACCUUUCUGGAUCUCUACCAUCAGAGCUCGCAAACUUGACUGAAAUUCGUUCUGUUUAUAUAUCUCGCAAUAAUUUGGAGGGCCCUUUGCCACCAGAACUAGGCAACUGGGGUAAGUUACUUAAGUUGGACUUGUCUUUCAAUUCUUUGAAUGGAUCAAUUCCAUCAAAUCUUAGAAGUUUGACAGCCUUGUCUUACUUAGAUCUGAGUGAGAAUCGUCUCACUGGCGGAGUUCCUCCUUUUUUGUCUGAACUUCAAAUGCUCCAAGAGCUUCAUCUUGGCGGAAAUUUACUGGAAGGAUCGAUUCCUUCCUCAAUAACUGCAUCAGAGAAUUUGAUCCUAUCUUCCUUGAAUCUUAGUAACAACCAUUUAACAGCUCACUUACCGACUGACCUUCAGAGAUUGGCCAAUUUACAGCAGAUAGAUUUGUCUCACAAUCAUCUGACAGGGUCGUUGGAAGCUCUUACUCAUAUGCCUAGUUUAGCUACUGUGAACAUAUCUUAUAAUCUCUUCUCCGGUCCAAUCCCCCCAUCUUUGUUGAAGCUGUUCAGCAAGUCGCCAUCAUCCUUUCUAGGGAAUCCUGAGCUUUGCAUCGACUGCAGUCACUCCAGUGGUUCUAAUUGUGAAGCAAGCGGGAAUAUCAAAAUAUGUAAUGCAAUGCAGAAUAAUCACAAGAAAAGACUCCGCGGUGUUCAGAUAGCAAUGAUAGUUCUUGGCUCAUCAAUCUUCACAAUUCUCGCAGCAGUUUCUCUGUUUUAUGUACUUGCCAAGUGGCAGAAACAGCAGAAAAAAGAUAUUGAAGCUUCAGGCAAGGGGAAUUCUUCUCACUCAUUCGGAAAAAUAAUGGAAUGUACAGGAAAUCUUGAUGACUCGUACAUCAUAGGGAGAGGAGGCCAUGGAAUUGUCUACAAGGCAGUGUUAGGCUCAGACGAAGUUUAUGCUGUCAAGAAGCUAGAACUUGGUGGAGAAAGGGUAAUGAGUAUGAGCAUGAUGAGAGAAAUUGAGACAUUGGGGCAAAUCAAGCAUAGGAAUUUAGUGAAACUGAAGAAUUUUUGGGUAACAAAGAAUUAUGGCCUAAUUCUUUACGAAUUCAUGGAAAAUGGUAGCCUUGGUGAUGUUCUUCACAGGAAGAGUCCACAGUCAAUAAUAAGGUGGGAUGUUCGGUACAAGAUAGCUCUUGGAACAGCCCAUGGAUUAGCUUACCUCCACUUUGACUGUGAUCCUCCUAUUCUACACCGUGACAUUAAGCCUGAGAAUAUACUCCUCGACUCAGAUAUGGAGCCACACAUCUCUGACUUUGGUAUAGCUAAGCUUCUACAUCAAACUUCCAUUUCAACACAAUCAUUUGCAGUUCCUGGGACAAUUGGCUACAUUGCUCCAGAGAAUGCCUAUGCAACAACAUGGAGCAAGGAGUCGGAUGUAUACAGCUACGGAGUGGUUUUGCUUGAAAUGUUAACCAGAAAGAAAGCUGUGGAUGCAACCUUCCCAGAGGGAAUGGAUUUAGUUGGAUGGACAAGAACGGUGUGGCGCAGCUCUGAACAGAUUGAUAAGGUAAUCGAUGCCAGCCUAUUAGAAGAGUUUCUAGAUUCGAAAGUCAUGGAGCAAGUUUAUGAUGUUUUCUUCAUAGCUCUAAGAUGCACUGAAACGGAGCCAAGAAAAAGGCCAACCAUGAGAGAUGUUGUGAAGCAGUUAGAAGAUGCAAAUCCUGCUGUAAGAAUGAAAAAAGAAUCCUAGCAGUUCUUUGCUAAGCUAUCACAUAUUCAUCUCUUUCCAACCCUGUAAUUUUCUAGCAUCUCUGAAUUGUAUAUAAAUACAUAGUGUCUAUAACAUACAUGUCAAAUGUAUAUUACUUGACAAACAUUGACAUGGUUGACAAGAAACCAUUCAAACUGUUUUCUAGAUUUUAGUCAAGUAUAUACACAGGAAAGUGUUGUAACUAGAAAGGUAUUGGGUUUGAUGAAGUAACACAAGAGACAAAAAUAAAGUUUUUUGAAUGUGGAAAUUUCCUCAAAAGAAAAGACUAUAUAAAAA